UAGUUGGUUACAAAGUCACUCAUAAUUUAUACAUAGUUUACGAAUUUUUAAGUUGUAUUAUAUAAUUAUAGUUUUAAUAAUGGACGUGGUACCACAGUAUGAAGUUCAGAGCAUCGAUUACGAUAUGUCUAAAAAAAUGGAAGACGAACACUUAAGGCUUCAGAGACAGGUCCGACUGAUCCAGGUGGAUCGUCAGCACCGCACCAUGGGGGUGCACCCGCAGUUCCGAAGACAGGACAUGCUCAUGCAGACCUUGAAGAAGGAAUACCGGAACCUUUGCAAAGACCUUAAGAUAGCCAGAUCUGGUGCUCACAAGAAGAAAGAUAAGAAGAUGAAAAUAGAACUACGGAAGUCUUUGCUGCUCCGAAUAGAAACGCAGCAGGAGUGUGAUGCCCACGUAUCCAUGACGCAGCAAUACAAGGGUUUGAUACAGAAAAACUACAAGGAGACUAUGAAUCUUAGAAAACUGGCGAGCGCUACACAGGGAAAGAUAGAAGAACGCCGCUGGCAGAGCGAGUACCGGCUGAUGGCUGCGGAGAACAAGCUGGAGGCUGCCAAGAUGCGGUUCAACGCCGUGCAGUACGAGAACAAGAAGAUCCGAGAGGAGAUCGAGCAUAUGUUGCGAGACCGCGCCCUCUUCAACCAAUCGUGGGACAAGAUGCUGGCAGCGCUGAGCAAGGGCAAGAAGUUCCUGUACGACCUGUUCGAGUCCUCGACGCUGGCGUACGACCAGCGGGACGAGUGGUGCACCAAGCUCCGGACCAUGCAGGAGAAGGGCAAGAUUGAUCAGAUGUUGCAAGUUCAGGAAAUGCGAGACCUAAUAAAAGCCUACGACCAUGAGAUGAAAAUAUACCAGUUUCUGGCCACGAAAGGUAUGACAAGAAUCAACAAGAAACAGGAGAUGAGAGAAGAACAACAGAGAAGAUUAGCGGAAGAGGAACACAAGAGACAGUACCAGUACCACAUCCAACUUCUGGAUGAUAUUUCUGACUACACUGGAGAGAACAGCACUCGCAAGAUACUGGACUUAUUCCGUAAGAAGGAGCAGGAGAACUUCUCCGUAUACGUGAUGCUGACAGAGUAUUGCGCUGAGAACGAGGUGCUGCGCCGCGACUUAAAGGCUAUCAGGCAAGAAGUCAAUGACCGUCGAGAGUGGAUUGAACAGAAAGAGAACAGACAGGACAGUAAAUUAGAAAAUCUGCGCAUUCUUCUAGCAGAACAGCAGACAAGGAUAGAAACUUUGAGAAAGAAGAAUGAGGAAAAGAGCCAACUGAUACAUGACGUCAUGGUUAAAAUCAAUGACAUGUUCACGAUGUUAGACUGCAGCUUGGAGCCGUUCCAGAACCUGCUGGGAGACAAGCAUCCCUCCGUCCACCAGUUCCAGCUGACGCUGCAGCUCAUCACAGAGAAGAUUAAGACCUACAAGGAAUAUAUCUAUUAUUAUGAGCACUGCUUAAAGAAGAGUGAGAAGUCCGGCACCUCCCGCCUGAGGAAGUAUACAUUGAGGGAGGAACCUCCCGUCAUAUUCAAAGCGAUACCCAUCAGUACACUGGUGCCGGGUGAUCCGUGCCCAUCUUGUGUAGAAGCUCGCUGGCUUUCCCGCAUAUUUGACGGCACAGAACUCCCCUUCGACAUGAGCAUGGCCCUCCAGGCCCUCAAGGAACUAUCCUCCGACCCCGCCUACGUGAGGAGUGACAGAGUCCACACUAUAACGGAGUGCAUAGUCCCCCGCAGUAGAGCGUUGCUCGCUAGACGAUACGUUAACCACUGAAAAUUGAACUCUCGCACAUUGCAAUACAAUUUAUUUACGUUUGGUGUUGUAUUUUGUACUAUAUAUUUUGUGUUAAGAAUUGUGUAUAUUGAUUAAUCAUA